AUGGUUGUUUUUAAACUUGACGAUGUAGAGGUUUUUUUCCCGUAUGAUUAUAUUUAUCCUGAACAAUAUGCAUAUAUGAAAUAUUUAAAAAAAACGCUAGAUAGCGAAGGACAUUGUGUAUUAGAAAUGCCAACAGGCACAGGAAAGACUGUCGCUAUAUUUUCUCUCAUUACAUCUUAUCAAUAUCAUAAGAAAGAUGAAGGGAAAUUUAUUUUUUGUACUCGUACUGUUGCUGAAAUGGAAAAGUCACUGAUAGAAUUGAAGAAGGUCAUUCAAUAUAGAAUAGAUGAAAUGAAAAAGAGGAGGAUAGAAAGGAUAAAAAAUGAAAAUGAUGAUACAAAUAAAAAUAUGAUUCAAAAUGAUGAUACAAAUAAUAAUAUGAUCCAAAAUGAUGAUACAAAUAAAAAUAUGAUAAAAAAUGAUGAUACAAAUCAUGGUGUGGUCGUAAAAGACUUAGAUAAUGGUAAUAUAAACAAUGAUGAGAAUCGAACCAAUAAUUCAGUUGAUGCUUCAAAUGAAUAUAACAAAGUACCUAAUAAUCAUGAUAAUUCUAUUAAUUGUUUCCAAGAGUUUGGAGAGAACAGCGAAAUACUUGCCAUAGGAAUUAGCGCUAGAAGAUGUAUGUGUAUCAAUGAAAAGGUUUUAUUAAAACACGAAAGAGAAAAGAUUGACGACGAAUGUCGUAAGCUAACAGCGAACUUUAUAAGAGAAAAGAAAUAUAUAAAUAAUAAAUUAGAUAAUGAGAUAUAUCAUCCAAAUGUAGAUAAAAUAUCAGAUUUUAUUUUAAAAAAUAAACAUCAUUUAGAUAUAGAAGAUUAUUUCGAUAUAUAUAAUUCAAGAAAUAGUUUAGAAGAAUAUGAUAAUAUUGGUUUAUGUGGUUAUUAUGAAAAUUAUAAAAAAGAAUUUUUGUAUGAUUUAAUAAAACCAGGAGUAUAUACUAUUGAAGAUUUAAAAGUAUUAUGUAAAAAUUAUAAGAAUAGAGAAAAUAUAAGUGUGCCUAUAUGUCCAUAUUUUUGUGCAAAAAAAAUUAUUGAAAUCUCAAAAGUUAUUAUUUUAAAUUAUCAAUAUGUUAUUGAUCCAAAGGUUUCAAAAGCUUUAUUUAAUUGGAAGGAUAUGAAUAAAAAUGUUCAUUUAAAAAAUAAAAAUGAUAUUAUUGUUUUUGAUGAAGCACAUAAUAUUGAUAGUGUUUGUUUAGAGGCUUUAAGUGUUAACAUUGAUCGUAAUAUUUUAAAUAAGGCAUCUAUGAAUAUUACAAAGUUAAUGAAAAAAAUUGAACAAUCUAAAAUGUUAAACGAACAAAAAUUAAAAGAAGAAUGUAAUAAAAUAUUGGAAAAAAUUAAAUUACAAAAAUAUAAUCAAUCAUUAAGUGGUACAAAUAAUGUUAUAAAUGUAGACAAUAUCAAAUGUAUAAAUAGUAGAGACAAUAUAAAUAAAACAUCAGCAGAUGUAAACAUGGAUUAUCAUUUGAGAGAGCACACAAAUCUGAAUCAUUCAAUUGAAGAGAAUCAGGGGGAAUUAUUAGUGACUAAUGAACAGGAGAAAAAAAAGAGAAAAGUUGAAACUAGUCCCAUGGCAUAUUUUGAUGAGGAUAUGAAUUUGAUGUUUUCUGAUUUUUUAUUGGAUGAAUCACAUGAAGAAAAUGAAAAAAAAAAUAAUAAUAAAAUAAAAACUCCAGAAAAUAAGAUAAAUGAUAAUAACAAUAUGGGUGAUAUUAAAAACAAUAAUAAUGGUAGUAGUAAUAAUAAUAAUAUAGAUGAAGAUCAUCUAAAUGAUUUGUGCUAUAGCCCAUUAUUAAUAGAUGAUAUAAUAAAAAAUGUGGUAAUACCAGGUAAUAUUAGAAAAUCAGAACAUUUUUUAAAUUUGAUGAGAAUAGUAGUAGUAUAUUUAAAAAAGUAUAUAAAUAUAUAUGAUAUAACAUCAGAAGGUCCACUAUCAUUUUUAUAUAAAUUUGAGAAGGAUACCAAAUUGGAUACAUCAUUUUUUAAAUAUUGUUUUGAUAGAUUAAGAUCUUUAUUAAAUAAUUUACAAAUAGUAAAUAUUGAAGAUUAUUCAUCUUUAAAUAUUGUAUGUAAUUUUUGUACGUUAUUAGGAAAUUAUUUUAAAGGAUUUAUUAUUAUUUGUGAACCAUAUCCAGAGGCAACAGGAAUAUAUGACCCAUUAAUACAGUUUGCAUGUUUAGAUUCAUCAAUAGCAAUGAAAACUGUAAUAAAUAAAUAUAAGUCAAUAAUAUUAACAAGUGGUACUAUAACACCAUUGGAACUAUAUCCAAAAUUAUUGAAUUUUAAAACAGUGUUGACAGCUUCAUUUCCAAUGUCUUAUGAUAGAAAUUGUGUAUGUCCAUUAAUUGUAACAAAAGGAGCAGAUUUAAUACCUUUAUCAUCUCAAUUUUCAUUAAGAAAUGAUAUAAGUGUAAUAAAAAAUUAUGGUAUUUUAUUAGUAGAUAUGUGUAAAUGUAUACCUGAUGGAAUUGUAGCAUAUUUUCCAUCAUAUAUUUAUAUGGAACAAGUUAUAUCUUCAUGGUAUGAAUUAGGUGUUAUUGCAAAUAUAUUAGAAUAUAAAUUAAUUUUUAUAGAAACUAAAGAUAUUGUAUCAACUACUAUAGCAUUACAUAAUUUUAAAAAAGCUUGUGACCUAGGAAAAGGUGCUGUUUUCUUAUCUAUCUGUAGAGGAAAAAUUGCUGAAGGAAUAGACUUUGAUAAACACUAUGGAAAAUGUGUUAUUUUAUUUGGGAUACCUUAUCAAUAUACAUUAUCAAAAAUUUUAAAAUCUAGAUUAGAUUUCUUAAAAGAAACUUAUAAUAUACAAGAAAAUGAAUUCCUAACAUUUGAUGCUAUGAGACAAGCAUCUCAAUGUGUUGGACGAAUUAUAAGAAAUAAAAAAGAUUAUGGUAUUAUGAUCUUCUCAGAUAUCAGAUAUGCUAAACAUGAUAAAAAAAAUAAAUUACCUCCUUGGAUUAUUAAAUGUAUGGAUAUAUCCAAUAUUAAUCUAACCGUAACGACAGCUGUAGAUAUAUCAAAACAAUUCUUAUUAAAUAUGUCACAAGAAUAUAGAGAAACUGGACAAACAAAAAUAUCACCUUUUAUCUUGAAAAAUCAGGCCAAGUGUUGGGCAAUGGUUAAAUCUAUACUAAACAUGGAUGAUUUUAUAUAA